AUGCCGAGAAUUCGCAAUGAUCCCAACUUCAACAUCUGUCUGGACUACACAACAGACUACUUCGCAAACACGCGAACGCAACUCAUAAAUGAGGACACGACUGAAGCUCAAGCAAUUCAAUUGCUUAAGAAUAUCUGGGAACUGAACAAUAAUGCGGAUAAGGCUCUAUGGCAGCAGCAACUAGACGACGACAAUGAACAACAAGAGCAGCGUCAACGAGCUCAGGAAGAGGAGCAAGAACGGUUGGAUCGAGGACGAGCGGAGGAAGAAGAAGCUACCCAUAAAGAAGAGAGGAAGAAAAACAAGCAUAAGUAUACUCCAAUACUGGCAACCAGCAUCCCGGAUGAUCCUGCAGUAACGCCAUGCUCAUAUGCACUCCAAAAACUGGACAAGGGAGAGUAUGUAGAAAUAUGGUACUUCACUAACAACGGCCUAGACGAGGCGGACGUUAAGAAGACUGUGGAUGAUGAUGCCAUGAUUCUGUCAACCCUAGCAGAUGGCUCUACAGCCUGGGUAUCAUCGGCUUCGACGCGCAAUGCUAGGGCCGUCGUUAAUGAUGAGAACUUACCAUUCGAGGAUUUCUGCCAAGCCUGCCCUCGCAUCCUCAUAGCUAUG